CAGUAUAUAUAGGUAGAGCUCAGAAAGACUCAUUUUGGAAAUGGAACAAGGAAGAUGGGUUCGUGGAGGGAGAAGGGUGGCAGGGAGAGGGCGGAUGCGUGGAGGAAGACAAAGAAGACAAAGAGCUGUUAUUUCAGAUGAAAUAAGGGCUACACUUAUAGACCAUGUUGUGAACCAUGGUCUCUCAUUGAGAGAGGCAGGGUUGAGGGUGCAACCCAAUCUGCAAAGAUCCACAGUGGCAUCUGUAAUGCAAAUUUUCCAUCAUGCAAACAGGUGAGAGUUACAUCCUUACAGUAAAUGAAAACAUUACAGGAAUCUAUUUUGUAUUGCAAUUAUAGAAUAUUUACACAGAUAUAUAUUACAGUAAGUUUGACUGUAAAAUAUAUUUUUACAACAGGACCUAAAGGCUGCCCCCAACAGGGGGAAGAGGACAAAUAUUUUCAGAUGCACAGGAAAAUGCUAUUGUUGACAUGGUUGUUGUCAACAAUGCAAUAAAACUGCGGGGGAUUCAAGAUAGAGUGCUGGCUGAUAAUGAUAUAUUUGAAAAUGUUAAUUCUGUCAGCACAACUAUUGCUCGAGUCCUAAAGAAACACCAAGUUACAAUGAAACAGUUAUACACUGUACCAUUCGAGAGAAACAGUGAACGGGUAAAAGAGCAAAGAUACCAAUAUGUCCAGAGAGUAAUGGAGGUGGAAGCACUGGAAAGACCACAUUCAUUUGUAUUUAUCGAUGAAGCUGGAUUUAACCUUGCCAAAACACGGCGCAGAGGAAGGAAUGUUAUAGGUCAAAGGGUCACUGUGGAGGUUCCAGGCCAAAGGGGGGGAAAUAUCACCUUGUGUGCUGCAAUGGCCAAUGAUGGUUUGCUUCUCAACACACCACUCAUUGGCCCAUACAACACAGAAAGGCUUAUAGCUUUCCUAGAACAUCUCUAUGCUCAGCUAGUGCCAGCAGAACAGGGGGAGCCAGUAAGAAACCCCCAAGUUUUUGUCAUAGUUUGCGAUAACGUUGCUUUUCACCACUCUGCAGCUGUCACAGAUUGGUUUGCAGCACAUCACAGAUUUAUGGUUUUAUACCUGCCUGCAUAUUCACCCUUCCUCAACCCAAUAGAGGAGUUUUUCUCUGCCUGGAGGUGGAAAGUGUUUGGUCACCACCCACAUGACCAAAUGUCUCUUUUGGAAGCCAUGCGUGCUGGAUGUGAUGACACGAGUCCAGAGGACUGCCAGGGAUGGAUAAGGCACUCCAGAAGGUUCUUCCCCAGCCUGUAGGGUAGACCAGGCUGGGCCCACUGAUGAGUUGAGUCCCCCUCCCCCACCCCUCCUCUCCCAGCGUAGCCAGGUGGGAUGUUCCAGAUGUGUGUCCUCUUAUCACUGCUCACCCUCUCUGGCUACACCCAGGUCUCCUCGGCUAAAUCUCUGAAGCUCCUGAUGGAACAAUGGACGAGCUACAAGAACCAGUGUUCUCAGAGCAUCGUCGCCACGCCUCCCGCCAUAGGACUGGUGUGUAACAGGACGUUUGACCAGUAUGCCUGCUGGCCAGAUGGACUUCCUGGAACAACAGUCAAUGUUUCCUGUCCAUGGUACCUGCCCUGGUACCGCAAAGUCCAGCAGGGGUGUGGUCUCUCUCCUCUUCCUCUCCUCUUCUCCUCUCUCCUCUACAGGAAGCUCCACUGUAUGAGGAACAACAUCCAUAUGAAUCUGUUUUCCUCCUUCAUCCUGCGUGCUGUCUCCAUCCUGAUUAAAGAUGUCCUGCUAGACUCCUGUCCGUCCCCCUGGCCCCCGGGGCUGACACCCACCAUCAGAGUCAGUAGUGUGACGUCCUUCCCACUCUGUGUGACGUCCCUCCCACUCUGUACGGUUGCCGGGUGCCGUAUCGCCAUGGUGAUGAUGCAGUACAGCGUCAUCGCCAACAACUAUUGGCUGCUGGUGGAAGGCAUCUACCUGCACAGCCUCCUGGUUGUCACCGUGUUCACUGAGAGAAACUACUUCUGCAUCUACCUGUUUAUCGGCUGGGGUGCUCCUCUGAUAUUCGUGUUGCCGUGGGUGAUAGUCAAAUACCUGUACGAGAAUGAAGAGUGCUGGGAGAGGAACAUCAACAUGGGUUACUGGUGGAUUAUACGUUCUCCCAUCCUGUUAGCUUACCUGAUGAAUUUCUUUAUCUUCAUCCGGAUUAUAAAGAUCCUGAUGUCGAAGCUCAAGGCCCAUCAGAUGAGAUACACAGAUUACAAGUUCAGGCUGGCUAAAUCCACUCUGACCCUCAUCCCUCUGCUGGGUAUUCACGCCAUCCUCUUCACCUUAGUCAUCGAUGAGUCCGUCCCCAAAGGUUCCAAGAUGCGUCUCAUCCGCCUCUUCUACGACCUCCUCUUCAACUCCUUCCAGGGCCUACUGGUGGCCAUCUUGUAUUGUUUCGUCAACAAAGAGGUCCAGUCUGAGAUGUUGAAAAAGUGGAAGAGGUGGAAGCUGGGUAAAGACAUCGAGGAAGAGUACCGUCAUACAUACAGCCACGCGCCUCACGUGAAGAGCGGCAGCAUCGUCACCGGCAACCUGGCCGGUGUCCAAGACAAUGGCAGCGACCCUAAAGACUCACAGUUAGCCCCCAACCCCGACUACGACCCUGAUCCUAACCCUGCCUCAACCUCCAUCACCCCCAAUGAGAGCAGUAGAUUGGUGGGGUCCUGCCACAACAGGACGGAUAAAACAAAGACUCAACCCUCCCUGCAGUGUCCCUCCACACCACAUGGUGGCACUAACAACUGCAGCACUCUGAUGGAGGACAUUUGUCUGGAGGAGAGGGCUCAGAGUUAUACACGCCCAGAGGAGGGCGCCGAAAGCAACUUCUGACCAACGGGGGAAGACCAUCCCCAGCCUAUGGAUAGAUUGAUUGGUUGAUUGAUAGAUUGCUAAAGUGUUCUGGUGUAGAAAGAGACAACACACCUACUGGAGGGGUCCGUUAAUGCAUUGCAGGUCCAGAUCCUAUGGAUUGAUUGAUUGAUUGAUUGAUUGAUUGAUUGAUUGAUUGAUUGAUUGAUUGGUUGAUUGAUUGGUUGAUUGGUUGGUUGAUUGAUUGGUUGAUUACAGGUCCAGAAGAAUUGAUGGUCUGAAAAUAUGAAACAUUUUACUGUUUAUUUUUGGACCCCCCACUGUGUUCAGGUUGACAAGGACUACUACUAAGGGGAAACUAGUAGGCCUGGUAGCUGUGUUCAGGUUGACAAGGACUACUGCUAAGGGGAAACUAGCAGGCCUGCUAGCUGUGUUCAGGUUGACAAGGACUACUACUAAAGGGAAUCUAGUAGGCCUGCUAGCUGUGUUCAGGUUGACAAGGACUACUGCUAAAGGGAAACUAGCAGGCCUGCUAGCUGUAUUCAGGUUGACAAGGACUACUGCUAAGGGGAAACUAGUAGGCCUGCUAGCUGUGUUCAGGUUGACAAGGACUACUGCUAAGGGGAAACUAGCAGGCCUGCUAGCUGUGUUCAGGUUGACAAGGACUACUACUAAAGGGAAACUAGCAGGCCUGCUAGCUGUGUCCAUGUGUACGACCGCUAACCAAACGCUACCCUCGCUCAACAACUCCCUGGCUGUGCUCCGAUUCUCCUUCCCUUUUCUAGAAGUGUGCACUAGCACCCCCGUCAAUCAUUUAAAGCGUAGGAUUGGUGUAGCUUCACAUUGGCUGGAGGUAAUUACCCACCAUUUUCAGAUGCAUGUGAGGAAGUCCACACCGUGUGUCCCUGUUCUCUACUGCUACUGAGAGCUUCACUUGUCCUCUAUGUCUUUGUGAGUGUGGCCCAAACGGAGCCCUAUUCCCUAUAUAGUGCACUACUUUAGACCAGGACCCUAUUGUAUAUAGUACACUACUUUAGACCAGAACCCUAUUGUAUAUAGUACACUACUU